AUCAUUGUUUGGUUUGGUUUGUUCUGUAAUGAAUUUUAAAUUUUUUAAAUAUUUUAAAAAUUUUUCAUCUUCAUAUGGAUCAACCAAUAAUUCAGCCCGUAUUUCGGGCAAUUUCAGUGGAUAAAAUAUUAACACAAUUACAACAACAGAUUGAAUUGGCAACUAAAAUUGGUAACUAUACGUUUGUCAAUGAAAUUGCUAUUGAAAAUUUCAUCAAAAAUGUUCACAUCAACAUCGACAAUGAAUCGAAUGGAUCAACAUUAUUAAUGUUUGAUAAACAAUAUCGUAAUCAUAUUAAUAGUUUACUAAGCUAUUUUGUUUAUUUAUUUGAAACAAAUUCCGAUUCAAAUAAACUAUGGCUCAUACAUUUGAUGGUGAGAAAAUUUUUCCAUUCACAAUCAAAUCUGGAUAAUGUCAUAUCAAGUACGGAUCUUAAUAGAAAAGUUCGAUUAUUAGCAGAUGAAAAUUUUGUUAAUUUAACAAUGAUUUGUUCGUCAAGGCUAACUAGAUUACAUCCAUAUGCAUCGGAUUUUUAUCGACGUUUAACAAUAGCAGAUGAAUCAUUGGCUGAAGAUGGUGAAAUUGUGCAAUCAUUAUGUAUAAAACUACGAAAUUCAUUGUAUCAAGAUCCAAUAACCACUUCUAUUGUAUGCAAUAUUUUAGCCAAUGUUUAUAAUGAUCGUUCGAAAUCACAGUCGAAUGUAUUCGAAAAAAUCUAUUCACAAGCAUUGAUACAUACGUUAAAAAAUCAGAACAAAGAAUUAAUGAUGAAGAUAUUACUUCGAUGUCCUGAUUCUGUAUAUAAUGAUGAUAAUCUAAUCAAACAAGUUAUCGAUUGUUUACGACCAUUGAAAACAACAACAACGUCAACGUCAACCAAAUUAAUGGAUCAAUCAGAUUCGGAUCUUAUGUCUCUAUAUUCAUAUGGAUUAUUUGCUAAUAGUAAACGAUUUAUACGAUUCAUUUCCGAUACAAGUCAUACAAGACAACGACAAUUUGACAAUGGCUCAAACCAUUCUACGAUGGUUGAAACAUUUUUCAAUCUAAAACAAUGUUUUCUAUUGGCCGUUGAAGAUCGUAAACAUUUUCUACGUGAAUUUAUCGAUUUCAAUUACAUCAAUCAAAAACAAUGUAAUGAUGAAAAUGAAGAUGAUGUAUCAUUAAAAUUACCGUUAAAAUCAAAAAUUAUUCUAUCAAUUUUAUCAUUAUAUCAAAUUAUUAAUAAUUAUGAAGAUGUAUAUCGAAUGCAAGAUCAAAUCGAUAAAAAUGAAUCAAAUCUAUGUUCAUUGUUUAAUCGUUUGAAUCAUCAGUAUAAUAAUCUUCAUCAAGAACAAUUCCGUAAUAAUAAAGAUGAAUGUUUCUUACGUAUUAUGAAUAAAUUGGAUUUUGUAUUCAAAUUUGCUGAUUGGUGUUCAUUGAAUAAUAACAAUCAUAAUAAUAAUGAACGUUCAACAUUUCGUUUGGAAAUAAUUGCUGGUCUAAUGACCGGUACAUCACCAUUGAAAAUUUUAUCAAAUAAUAAUUUUUUUCAUCUAAAAUUUCCCAAUAAUAAUAAUGAUCAAUCAUCAAUCGAUACAAUUUCAAUCAAUGCAGAUAUUACCUGUGAUUAUAUUUGUGAUCUAAUCAAUCGUUUUGAUUGUAAUAUUGCCAUCAUUCUUAAAGGAUUUAUUGUCAUUCGUUUAGUUUUAUUCUGUAUAUUUUUCAUUAAUGAUCGUAAUUCAUCCAAUACAUUUGGUGAAAAAUUUAUCAUAGACAUUUCAAAUCGAUUACAAUGUCUAUUACAAGAUAUUGAUAUGAUUGAAUUUCGUAUGGAAAUAAUGGAAAAUCUAUUCAGUUUAUUAUUUUUAACAAAAAAUGAUAUCAAAAAUAGCAAUAAUAACGAUAAUCAUCAAUCUGAUGAUGAAGAUUAUUUGGAUGAAACAAUUUCACCACCACAACAAACAUCAUUUGAAUCACCAUAUGGUACAAAUAGUAAUUCUAGUCCAAAAAUUCGUCACAAAUCAACAACAAUGGCCAAAUCGAUGAAUAAUUUUUCUAUGGCAAAUUUUAUCUGUCCAAAUUGGCUUAUACCAAAAUUACUUAAAGUUCUCGAAACAAUGUUAUAUAAAACAAAUUCCGAUCUAUUUAAUCGACAUUAUCAUCGUUCUUCAUCAUCGUUACAAUCAACAAAUAACAACAACAACAUUAAUGACGAUGAUGAUGAUGAUACACAAUGGCGUGAAAAAUUUAAAAUACGAAUAUCUCGUUUACUUAAAUAUGUAAGUGAUGCACGAUUCCGUUACGAUGUAAUACGACCGGCAUUUUUCCGGCAAACAUCAUCAUCAUCAUCAUCGACAAUCACUACAAUGAUUGAUCAAUUACAAUCAUCACCAAUUCAUUCUGGAUUAUCUGCUGAUCAACAGCAACAGCAACAACAACAACGAAUGAAUGGUAUGAAUCGUCAUUAUUCCGUAUCAACAAAUAGUGAUAAUGAUUAUAAACAAUAUUCAAAUCGUGAUACAUCAUUAAUUUCCUGUAUGCUUGCAUCAUAUACACAAUUAUUAUGUUAUACAUUGAUGGAAAAUCGUCUCGAUAGUUCAAGACAGAUUGCCGAAUUAUUUGCCAAUGAAUUACGAAAUUCUAAGCCAUAUAAAGAGCUACAAUUGUUGGAUUAUUUUGUCGAAUUUCAUCAACAAAUUUGUAAUGUUCAACUACAAUUUGAUAAUCAUUCUACGAUCAAUUAUCAACAACCUAAUAAUACAACCAGAUUAUUGAAUAUUGAUGAUAUAACAACGUUUGGUAUUCGUUCAUCACGUAUACAAUCAUUAUUAUAUGAAAUGUUAAUGAAAAUGGAUACAAUUGAAAUGGAAACGAAAAUUGUUUUCAUGUUAGAUUAUGCACUAUCAUCAAGUCCAUCGAUGGAGAUUGCACAAUCGAUUCUUGAAUCGGUAUUCAUACAUAAUAAUAAUCUAUUUGCACAAUUCGAACAAUCACCAUCAUCCGAUUAUGGGCAGAAUAGAAAAAUCCUACCGGAAAAGGUAGAAAAUUUUGUUCAUGAUGUACAAAAAUUUAUAACAAAUCUCGGACAACAUCUGGAUAUUAGUCAGUUUUCAUUGAAUGAAUUUCUAGAAAAAUCAUUAACAUUAUCGUCUUUUUUGGAUAUCCGAUCAUUUGUCGAAAUGAUACGGACACAAACCGAACUAUGUAAAUGGUAUUGUCGAUUUCAAUCAUUAUUGAUCAAACUUGAACAUCAAAUCAUUGAAGAUCCAGAUCUUUUCUUAAAUACCAAUCAAAAUGAAAUUAAUCAAACAGAAUCAAAUGAAUUGAAUCAUAUUUAUGAUCAAUUAAUGGCCAAUUGUCCAUUGGGUAAAUAUCAAUAUAUGAAAGCAUUAUAUCAAUAUGUUUGUAAAGUUAAUAAUGCAUUAGUCGAAUGUCGAAAACGAGAUAUUCGAUCUAUUGAUAAACAUACAACAAUCGAUACAUCAAUUAUUUGUUCAUCAUCGAAUUUUUCCAUACUGAAACAAAGUCCAUCCGCUAUAUUAUGUUCAAUGGUGAUAAAAAGUAAAAUAUCACCGAAAAUUAUCGAUGAUCUAGCACAGGUGAUGAAAGUCAAUUUAAUCGGUGUACUAUGUUCAGUGUUCUGUCCAACCAUACCAAGUACAUUUUUACCACAAUCAUCGAUUGAAUUUACCAUCACUGAAUUAUGUCAACCAUCAAUUUCUGAAUUGAUUAAAUUAUAUUUUCAAGGUGCACAAGCUUUCCGUACUAAAUUGAAUGAUAAUAAUAUUGUUAUUAAUGAUUAUUUUUCGGAUGAACAUCGUGAUCCAUCAGCCGAUAUGAAUGAUUUGAUUGAUUUUCAACCAAUCAUCAAUCAAGAUGUUUUGAAUUAUUUUCAUAGUAAAUGUCCAAUUUUAGUUGAAAUUCUUCGCCUACUCAAUUGGAUUGAUGAUUCACAUAUUUUCAACAUUACUAAUAAUAUUGGAUCAAAUCUACAGUUUUUCGAUGGAUCACCAUUACAUCGAUGGUUGGAUUUGAUCCGAAAAAAUUUUCAUUGUAAUGAUCUACGAAAAUCAUCAUUAUUGCUCGCUUUUUAUACUCAAAUUCCAGCCGGUCAAAAUGUUGUCAUCAAAACACUUGAACAUUAUUGCGCAUCCGGAAAUUAUCUUCAAGUUUAUCGUCUAUUUCGAUUGAUUGAAGAUUUCUCAUCGAUCGCUGAUCAAACAUCGCCACAAAUACCAGCGGAUUUUCCACCACUUUCCGGUCAUUUCUAUACAAGUUUUCAAAUAUUCCAGAAUGCAAUCUUAGCAUGUUUAGCAUUCAUCAAAGAAGAUGCAAAAUACGUUUUCAAAAUUCAUCGUGAUCCACGUAUGAAAGCCGAAUUAAUUCUUUGCCUAUUGGAUUCGUUUGAAAUUUAUGAACAAACAUUUUAUGCUACUCGAUUGAUUCGAUUAGGUUUACAAAAUAUUCGCGAUGAUGAAUUAAAUUAUGGUAUCGAUGCAUCGGAAGGUAAAUCUAAAUUGACCAUAAUGUUGAAACAAAUUGAAUUCUAUGCAUCCGUUGGACAAUUAACUGGAUUAAAAUCAUGGAAAUCCGCAAGAAACAAUCUAAAAUCAAUCGAUGUAUUGACCAUAAUUAAAACACGAAAACGUUAUUCAUUGGCAAUCGAUUGGUUUGAAAUUCGUGGUUUCGAAAAUGAUACAGCCGAUUUAUUGAUCGAAUUAUUAAUAUAUGCAUAUAGUGAAACAAAUGAUUAUAUACCAUUGAAACGAUUAUUUCAGAUGUUUUUGGAUGAUCCCAAAUCGAAUAAUGUGAUUAUUAUGGCAGAAAAAAUACUGAAUCAAUCGGAAAAUCUUGAUCUUCGAACAUUUCUUAUUGAUUUCUUGAUUCAAUAUCAUCGUAAAUGUGGAAGCUAUAUUAUAAUUAAUCAAUAUGAACGUCAUCGUUUAGGUAUUGAAAUGGUUAAAUUAUUGAGCCGAAAAAUGCAACCAGAUUAUCUUGAUUUAAUACCAAUACCAUUAUUAUUGGUUGAACAAUUAUUAAUGAAUAGUGAAAUUGAAUCAUUAGAUCGAAUUAUUAACCAAUAUAAAUUGAUAUGUGCCGAUGAAUUAGUGGAAAAAUAUGCACAAAAAUCUGUUUAUAUUGAAUUAUAUGAUUCAAAUUCAUUUGAUGGUUCAGAUAUGACUAUAAUAUCAUCGGAUUCUUCCAUGAUGACCGGAAAAAAUGUUCAACCAUUUUUCAUACCACAAACGAUUCCAUCGAAAGAUCAAUGGGUUUCGGAUACAUCUAAAACACAUUGUAUGCUAUGUCAAAUUGUUCGUUUUGGAAUGAUAAAUCGUCGUCAUCAUUGUCGACGUUGUGGCCGUAUUGUUUGUAAUGGUUGUUCAUCAAAUUCAAUUCUUAUUGUUGAAAUUAAUCCAAACAUUCCUGUACGUGUCUGUGAUGAUUGUUUUAAUUGGUCAACAAAAACAAAUAAAAAUCGUAAAAUUAGUACAAAUUCAUUGGAUCGACAAUCAUCACAACCAUUGAAUUCGAAUCGUCGUACACAAUGGAAAUUAUCGAUCGUAGAUGAUUCACAUAAUCAAAAUCGUCGUACAGAAUUUGUAUAUGAAUCUAGUCCAAGUGUAUCACUAUGUUUAGCUAUACUACGUUUACAUUCAAACAAAACAAAAAGCUGUAAAUUUAUAAUCGAUAAAAUCUGUGCACCAUUAAUUGAAACAAUUUCAUCACAUAAUGUUGAUUCAACAUUAUUGAUUGAAAUGAUACGUUCAUUAUUGAUUUCAACACGUGUUGCAUUCGAAGGUGAUUGUACUGGCGGUAUGGAUGAUCAUCAUUCAAUUAAUAAUUCAAAUAAUUAUUCAUCACCAUCGCCAUCAUCAUCCGCAUCAACUGGAAUUGAACAACUGAAUCGGUAUCUAGAUCGAUUAGAUGUGAUACGAAUGUUGAUUAAUUCAAAUUUUGGAAGUAAAGAAAUGAUUGGAUACGUAUUGAAUAAUAAUAUACAAAAAUUACAGGAAAAAUUACUUGAAGCUGAACGAUUUGAAUUGACCAUUGAUAUAGCAAAAAAAUAUGGCAAUGAAUCGUCGUCGAUCUGGAAAUCAUGGGCAUUGAUUUCGUUGAAAUAUUUUCAUUUUGCUGAAGCACGACAAAAAUUCGGUCGUUAUUUUGAUCAGCUGAAAAGAUUUUCCGAAGUACAGAAAACAUUACGUAUGAUCAUUGAAACAUUGGUAUCAGUUAAUUCGACUAGUUUAACAUCGAUUCCUAUCAACGAUAAAUGUUCACGAAUUAUUUUUGGUCAAUUUGAUUUCUUUAGCGAUACACCAACCUUGGCUUUAUCAUCAUCUUCCAAAAUCAACACAAAUAUAUCGACAUUGGUAAAUCAACAGUUAAAACCACGAAUAUUACAAGAAAUUGUUUAUUAUCUUGAAACAUAUGGAUCAAAAGAUGACCAACUACAAUUCUAUGUUAGUCAUUUUUAUUGGAAAGAAGCUAUUGAUUCAUUUUUACGACAACCUUCAUCGUCAUCAUCAACAUCGAAUGUUAAAGAAACAAAAUCAAAUAUUGUGAAUAAUUUCUUGAAGAAAAUAUUUAUUCCAGCACAGGUAAAUGGCCAUUUAAGCGAAUUGUUUGCAGCAAUUCGUAUUGCCGAUCCAAAACAACAACAACUUGGUUCAUCAUUGAUACAUAUUUGUAAAUAUCUUAAUCAUAAUGAAUCAUUUCAUACACUUUAUCGUGUCCAAGUUUUUAUGACUGAUUAUUUACGUGCUGCCAUUACGCAGAUUAAUCAUUUUUUUCUAUCACCAUCAUCGUCUAUCAAUCAUCAACAACGAACAUCGUCAUCGAAUGAUUAUUAUUACAAUGACAAUAAUAAUGACCUUUCGAAUGAUUUGAAUAGUUUUGAUUUACUUUUUCAUCGUCUUUCACAUCUGGAAAAGGCACGAGAUUAUUGUAAUAUGUAUCUACAUAAUAUCGAUUUUAUCCGUCUGAAACGUGGCUGUCUAUCGGUGGAUAAAAAAGAUGUAUAUAAACAAAUUCGUUUGAUUGAAUUACAAAUCGAUAUAUUACGACGAUUUAGACGAAGAAAAAUUCAUUUUCCUGUUGCCAUUACAAUCACCGAUAAUAUUGAUGAUUUGGAAAAUUAUUUUAAAACAUCAAUAUUAUCAAAUUAUCCACGAAAUCGAUCAUCAUCCACAUCGCUUAUAUUAUCUUCAUAUGCAUUGGCCCAUUUACAACGACAAAUUCUACAAGAACAACAACAAUUUUCUCAUUUGGAAUCGAUCAAAAUGAUGACGUUACGAUUACCAUAUCCACCUACAUUAUUGGAACAUGAUCCGAUAAGGAAAAGUUUAAUCACAGCUUUUGUUAUAUUAUAUUAUGGUCAGAAAAACAUUUCAUCCAACACAAUUUCGGUCACCACAGUUAACCGAAAUGAAAAUCUAGCUAAAGUUGAUGAUGAUGCUGAUAAUGUUGAUAUUGAAGAUGGAUUUCGUUGUGCAUUACGUAUUAUACAGGAUCAUCAUCUAAAUGGAGAGCUAAUAUUUCGAAUGGCCACAUUGUUUUUGAUUGCUCAACAUUUAGAAAGAAAUUCGAAUGUUAAAAAAAUUUGUAAUGAUUUAAAACAGUUAAUGUCUUUCAUUCAAUCAACAUGGUCAUCAUCAACGACUACGAUGAUCGAUGAUGAUUUUGUCAUCCUCCAUAAUAAGGAUAAUAAUGAUGAUGAUGAUAAUAGUAAUAAUAAUGACAAUAAGAAUCAUUCGAUGGAAAAAAUGUCAGCUGAUGCCCAUCAGCAGACAGCAAUCAAUAAUCGUCAAUUAUCUACGGAUGACAUAAUCUUUGAUUGCCUUCAUUUUGUCGAAUCAAUCAUGACAGUCGUUAUUCGUCUAUCAAAUAUACAACAACAUGAUACGACAGCUAUAAUAGCCGGAUUAACACGUUUAAAAUUAUCCGAAUUAAAAGAAUCGAUAAUCAAAUUAAUCAUUGAUGAUAAUCGUCGUAUUGAUGCCUAUCUACAGGUGGGUAAAUUAAAAUUGGCUUAUCUAUUAGCCGCACAAUUGGGACAUGCCGAUAAUAUUGAAAACGUAUUAAUGGCCGCUCGUGCUAUUAAUGAUCAACAUUAUGUAAAAAUCUGUGAAAUGUGGUUGAAAAAGAAUUCGCUGGUUUGAAUGUGAGUUUAUCCAUUCCGAAUCUCCAUCUUCAACAAACAAAUACAAAGCUGUGAUCAAAAAGAAAAAAUCAAUUAAUUUUUUUUAUAUAUUGAAUUUU